AUGUCUGUGACAAUUGCCACAGCCAAAGCCAAAGUCGUUCUGCUUUUCAGCUUUUCAGCUGUUGCAAAAGAAGUGGACCAUGGAAGGUACGGCAAGUUCAGCAACGCUCCUCCCUUCGACAGCAAAGUCUUUUUCCUGCUGGACAGACCUUUACCUGAUAAACCAAAAAAUAUGAAAAUGGAAUAUUACGUCUUCACGAGGAAAGACCCYAUCGGCAAAAAAACAAUAGAUGACAGYGAUAUUAUUAAACUUAAGGAAUCCACUUAUGACGGCGCGAAAAGAACUUUCAUUAUAAUUCACGGCUGGACUGGAAAGCCACUGGAAUCCGAAUGGGUUAAAAACAUGACGAAAGCUUUACUGGAGAAAGAAGAUGCAAAUGUCAUUGUAGCUGGAUGGGAACAUGGAGCGGACGACCUUUACUAUCCACAAGCCGUCGGCAACACACGAUUAGUUGGAGCCAUGUUUCAAGAAAUAACAGACUCAAAGAUUGCUCGUAUUACAGGGCUAGAUCCAGCCUCCCCAGGGUAUAAAGGCACGCACAUUGACGUAAGAUUGGACGCCACUGACGCCGAGUUCGUCGACGUCAUCCAUAGCGAUUGUCCCAAUAUAGGYACCCCUGACAAAAGUGGAAAGUUUGACUUUUGGCCUAAUGGCGGUGGAUCACAACCUGGAUGCCCCAUCAAAAAAAGAGGAACAAUACUCAAUAAGUUCUUCGAAAUUAUCGGAUGUGAGCAUUACCGAGCUCAUCAGUAUUUCAUCGAGUCCAUCAAAUCCACCGAGUGCUUAUUCCGUUCGUAUCCCUGCCAAAACUGGAAUGAGUUCAGACGUGGCAAGUGCAUGGAAUGUGGAGCUAAYGGAAAGAACUGUCCAGAAAUGGGAUUUAACGCCAUUAAGUACAAGAAUUUAGAGMAUGGAAACUUUUAUCUUUAUACAAAUGAUAAUCCUCUAUAUUGCGUCCCUCGUUAUAUGUAUAUGACAUUUAYAACUGGCAAUUCCUGGUUCGAUGGUGGAAGUCAUCCGAGAGUUUGUGUAUAUGGAAGUAAAGCGGACACGGGAAAAAUCAAAUUGGAAGGGCAUCUCCACAGGGGUACUACAGAACAGUUCUUAGCACCAAUCAAGAUAGACAUUGGUGAACUUAAGAGUGUUGCAUUUUAUGUUGCCUCAAUUGGCGGCUGGAAAUUAAAGAAAGUUACUCUUCAAUAUGUUGACGAGACUCGGAGUUACCAUGCUUGCUUUAAUGCCAAUGUGUAUUACUUCCGGUGGGAGAAGAGAAAUCUUACACGCGUUAACGCCCAGUGCAAGAGAAAACACUCGAUAAGAGGUCCUCAAAAUCAAGGUCGACAUAWUGGAUCGGGAGAACAUAGAGAAAAGAAUGUUAAAUUAAAGAUAAAGAAAAACACCCUUUAACAGAUCAAAAUGUGACUUUUGGGAGAAAUACUGAGCACCCUUCAUGCCAAAUUCAACGCAAAUACAAAUCAAAAAUUUGAAAUUUGGAAGUCAAAUAAAAUUCAAGAUAUUGAGCUGAAACUCGAUGUGUUUUACUCUAAUUCUAAUAAGUGUUGACCAAUUCGUACAUAUUUCCUCUUCGUUU